AUGUCCCAGGACAAGACCCAGGUUGACUCUCUGCAAGAGAACGGUACCGAUGCCAGAACUCAACCAACCUACAAGGAGCAACUAGACGAAGCUGCGAUCAAGGUGAAGAACUCCCAGAACGAGACAAACGAACCGGGCGUCAUCGGUCAAGUAGUGGAAAAAGUAUCCGAGUAUGUACCAGCUGUUGCAAAAGUCCUAGGCACAGAUAAAAAGGUGGAUGAGUCCUCCGUGGACAACAACAAGGUCCCUGGCCCUCCAGAGCGGCCCCACCAUGACACUCAGAUUGAGGAGUUCAUCAAAGACCAGCACCGCAGCAAGACAGACGACGGAAAACUCACCUGA